AAAUUCGGCCUAACUUGAACUUAUAUAUCCCUGUUUUGUUAUUGUUUGCCGUUGAAAGUUUAAUUAACUUUCGUUCGCAUUCUCUCUUUUUGUUUAAAACAUUCAGUAUUGUUUUAGCUGCCGGUGCGAAGUAUUUUAUUUUUGUAAUAUUUAAUUAAAUGCAACUUACGCGGAGCACAAAUUCAUCUUAGCCUGAUUUCGAAAUCAUCUGCCAUUUUUGUUGAAACAAUAAGCAUUCCAAAUAUUUAGCAACAAAUCUUCAGUUGCUCUCUUAACACAACACAAUGACAGAAACCAAUGCAUUUACCUCGAAUCACGAGAGGAGUAGUAAAAAAUCCUCUCGCAGAUCAUCAUCAAGUCGUUCCAAACGCAGCUCAAGCAAACGAAAAGGAUCAGGAUCUUCGUUCUUGAGAAUUGUUGAAAGUUUAUUCUUUCGCUUUUAUACUAUGGUAGCCAGAUUAAUUUUCAAAUUUAUUUACGGCGAAAAGGGACAAUCUAUGCCGGCCAUUACAGAUCCCAUUCUAUUGGAGUCGGCGACUUCACUUGCCAGUAAAAUUCGCAAGCAAGAGCUUACUAGCGUCCAAGUUUUAGAAGCAUUUAUAAGACGUGCCAAGGAGGUGAAUCCAUUACUAAAUUGCAUGGUUGACGAACGCUUCGAUGAUGCCAUGAAAGAGGCCAAAGAAGCUGAUGAGUUAAUAAAAUCCGGCCAAUAUACCGAAGAAGAAUUGGCAAAACAAAAACCAUUUUUGGGUGUACCGAUUUCCACCAAGGAUUGCAUUGCCGUAAAGGGUAUGUUACACACAUCCGGCUUGUAUGAAAGACGCAAUCACCGGGCUUCCGAAGAUGCCGAUGCCAUGGCCUUAAUGCGUAAAGCAGGUGCUAUCCCCUUCGCAUUGACCAAUGUUUCCGAGGUUUGCAUGUGGUGGGAGAGUAACAACACUGUGCAUGGGCGCAGUCGUAAUCCCUAUGAUACCAAUCGUAUUGUGGGUGGUUCAAGUGGCGGUGAAGGCUGCAUUCAAGCCGCUGCUGCUUCGCCCUUCGGUCUUGGCUCAGACAUUGGUGGUUCCAUACGUAUGCCUUCGUUUUUCAAUGGUAUUUUUGGCCAUAAACCAUCGAAAUUUAUUGUUUCCAAUAUGGGUCAAUUCCCCUUGCCAAACUGCGAAGAACAGCACUCAUUUUUGGGCAUUGGUCCCAUGGUGAGACAUGCAGAAGAUUUAAAACCCAUGUUAAAGAUAAUAGCUGGCGAAAAGGCCUCCCAAUUGAAGCUGGACGAACCGGUUGAUGUACAAAAACUCAAGUUCUUCUAUCAGGAAACAGACGGUGGCGGCCGUCUUGUUUCGCCCGUAGAUUCUGAUCUCAUUGACGCCAUUCAUCGCAUUGUUGAUCAUUUGCAAACAAAACUCAAAGUACCUGUGGAACAGGUACAGUUGCCAGCAUUCCGACAAUCCGCUUCCUUAUGGUUCGCCAAUAUGAAAGACGAUACGGGUCAUGCCUUUGAUUAUCAGUUGGGCAACUGUAAACGAACGAUUAAUACCAAACUGGAAUUGGUAAAAUGGAUUUUCGGAGCAUCCAAGCACACAUUGAUUGCUUUAUUGACAGCAUUACUGGACAAAUCACAGCCUCAACAUGGUUCCUCAAAAUAUCAUUAUUUAGUUAAGAAACGCAAUGACCUGCGCGAUGAAAUGCAACAACUAUUGGGCGACAAUGGUGUACUCAUCUACCCAACCCACCCCACCGUAGCUCCAUAUCACAAUGAGCCCAUCAUUAGACCCAUUAACUUCUCCUAUACUGGUAUUGUCAAUGUUCUAGGAUUCCCGGCCACAAAUAUCCCCCUGGGCUUAGGUUCUGAAGGUGUACCACUUGGUGUACAGGUUAUUGCCAAUUUUAAUCAGGAUCGUUUAUGCCUGGCCGUUGCCGAAGAACUAGAGAAAGCAUUUGGCGGUUGGAAGAGACCAGAAGUACGCAUUUAGUUUAGUGUUUAAGUCAUCGAUCAUUGACCCUCCAUUAAACGGUGUGUUUUUUUUUGUCUCUAGAAAAGAAUAUGAAAUUGACAAACAUACAUAUUUUUUGAAUAAUUUACUAAUAUUCCAUCAUUUACUACCCACUAAUAUUAAUGAACUACUUGCAUACAUAUGUAGUAAUGUAUUUAUAUGUCAUUUAAAGUAAGUUUUAUAUGCAACCACUAACAACACAUAUGCCGUUGUUUAAAGCGAGUUUUUGUUUGUGAUUUUUAAAAUAUUUUCUUUAUUUUCAUCGCAUGUGUCGAAAGAUCUUCAAACCUAAAUUAGUAACGUUGUACAAUAGAUAAGUGUUUCGUAUGUAUUCAAAAUCUAAAAAUCAAAAAUAUAUAUUUACACGUAUACAUUUAUGUAUAGCCGUGUUUGUUAUGGUAUCAGUCUA